GCUUGCGCAGUCUGGACGGCCUGGUCGUCGUUUGCGGCGGCAGCUGAAGAUCCCGGUGGUGGCGCGAGCUCCGGCCCGGCCCGCCCUUCGCCUCUUGGCCUCGGUUCCCUCACUCCGGCGCGCCUCAGCCCCGCCCCAGCCUUCUGAAUCCCUCAGCAGUUCGGCUCCGGCCGCCCGCCUCCGCCGCCACAAUGAUGAUGAUGGCACUGAGCAAGACCUUCGGGCAGAAGCCCGUGAAGUUCCAGCUGGAGGACGACGGCGAAUUCUACAUGAUCGGCUCCGAGGUGGGAAACUACCUCCGUAUGUUCCGAGGUUCUCUGUACAAGAGAUACCCUUCUCUGUGGAGGCGACUAGCCACUGUGGAAGAGAGGAAGAAAAUAGUUGCAUCGUCACAUGGUAAAAAAACAAAACCUAACACUAAGGGUGCGUCUUCACGAGGGUUUGUAAACCUGUUUCAAAACCACUCGCUUCUGUCAUGAAGAUAAAACGUUUUCACUCCAGUGUCUUCACUGCAGCCUUGGCCUUAGUUGGGCAGGGAGCAUCCCGGGGGCAGGGCCGCCCUGCCAGUGCACGCGAGGCUCAGGUGAGAGUGUGGCUCAGGGAGCCAUCAGUGGUCCCCUGCCCGAUACUCCUGGUGGGGCCAGUAGGUAUGUGAGGAGGGGUCAGGGCUGGGGCUAGCAGGUGCCGUGAAGACAUGUUGGUCUCAAAACGUUUUAGGAAUGCUGUGAUGCUCUGCCAUCUGCUGUGGGUGUGUCACCAUAGUCAUUCUCCAUGCAGCCCUUGGGGUGGGUGGUGGCCCCAGCCCCCACCACUCCCCUCUGGGACUUUCACUGCUUGUCUCCCAGAGCCCAUCCAUCCAUAGAACUUCAUCCUGGCAUCCAGUGUGCUAAGCUCCUGUGCAUGUCCCGCCCAACAUGGCCUGCCAUGUGCCUGGGGCUUGCUAGGUAAGCUGUCUAACACGAGUGAAGCUAGCGUGCUUUGGGCCAUGGCAGCUCUGUGCAGAGCAAAGAUGCUCUUUCAGACAUUCUGGAGGAUCCACCAGGACAUUUGAGUUUAGAUGCGUGCCAUUUGGCAAGUGGCAAAACUGCUUCCCACUUGGCAAUGGUGUCUCGGAGAAAGCUGCCCUGGGCCUGCGUGGGUGGGUGUGUGCAUGUAUAUGUGUAGUGCUUUGUAGUCUGUCCUGUUGGGUUGUGUCUGUAGGUGCUACUGUGGUUUUGUCCACCGUGGGCAAAGUAGGGUUCUUUUAAUGCAGGAGCCAGAGCUGUUUUUUAAUCUAUCUCUACUACAUUUCCAUUCAGUGGCCUACAACAGUGUCCUUUGUGCUCUCCCUCACCUCCCAUAGAGCAUCAGUCACUAGUGCAGUGGCUCCCUAGCUUUGCUUGCCCCCUACGCAAGUCCCUGUGGAGUCUUGGUGGUGCUGCCUUAUGCUGAAUGAUUCCUCUGGGGAGGAAAAAAAGACAGGCUUGGCCUGUAGACAAGUCACAGCUCUUGAUCAAGGUUUCCUAGAAGUGCUAGGAGUUGGGUUGCUUGGAAUCUGUCCUGCUUUCCAGACAACAUCUCCAGACUGGCUUGGGGACAGAAAGUUCUGUUUGCUGUGAAGCUCUCUAGGCUCUUGUUUUAAAAGAAAAGCAUUCUUCAUCUUUCAUUCCAUUUCCCAUUCCAUUUCCCCACCUCCUCUUUGUGUUGUGUUUGUGUUGUGGUGAUAUCAGACCUCUUCCCACUGGGGUGUUAUUCUGGAGCCUUCCUGACUUCUGGUGCUGCAGCUGUGGUUAGCACUUCAUCUGCUCCCCUGAGCCAGAGCUUACAGGCCAAUUAGACCACAUCAAUCCAAAGGGAUAAAUGUUACCUGGUACAGAUAGAGCCCUUGAUCAAGAUUGCCUUAAUUUUGGGGGGGCCUGGCACUAGUGAUCCACACAAUACUAGCUACUCGAGAUCUGAGGAUUGUAGUUCAAAA